GGAAGCCAUUUGCCGGUUGUACGAAAAAGAUUUCCCGCGAGAUUAUGAGAGCGCCACAACAUUGCUGCCGAAAGGCAUUGUAUCUAUUUUAUUAAGAACACUUUUAAAAAUACCACAUUGAGAAUUAAUCCAUUACGAUGUGAAUCAGCUGUCUGUUGAAUUACAUUCACAAACAACCAUGGAUAACGACACUGCGACACUGCUGCCCGGCGUAUGCGCGCUCUUAGCGGACUCCGGGAAGCCUCUGCCUGAUGACACCAGCCUGGAGAAACUACUAGACCGGCUCACUGAAGUCUCCGAAGCUGGUGUAUCGCUUCCGGAGAAUUUCCCGUGUCUGCUUGACCUCAUAUCUACCAUGGCCUCCAACACUACUUCUGAUCCCAGUAUCCUUUCCUUCGCUCUCAAACUCUGCGGCCUGAUGGCAGCCACCGAAGACGGCUUCAUGGCCUUGCAGGAAUGCUUCGCUCUGGAGGCUUUCUUUAGCGUUCAGCGCUGGAAGGACACUGAACUCUGGGAAGAUCCCUGCAUCCGAAUUGGCUGGAUUCAUGGCCUCAGUAAAAUGCUGCUGCACCCAAGGGCGCUCAGUUUCUUCGUGCAGUCAGGCUUCACCAACCCACUCCUGCAGCUCCAAUUAGAUCCAAGCAUGUUUGUUUCUUCUGCCGCUAACCAACUACUGGCCCACAUCCUGCUCUCCAUUCAGCCAGAAGAAGUGCAUGCAAAUACCAAAAUCAGUGCAGAAUACAGCGCUGUUGUCCUGCAAUUGUCUAACCACAUAAAGGAGGCACUGGUACCCAAAGAAGGUGUGCUGGUAACUGGUAGCCUGCAGGUCCUCAAGCUGCUGGCCCUGAUCUUGGACCAGGCACACCAUUCUCUGCGGGACCAGCUGCUCAAUGCAGUCGCUGCCUCCCUGGAGGAGCUGAUUGAGGCGGGAUACAGUCAGCUCACCCUGCCUCUUAUGGAUGUCAUUAUGGCCAGAUACAGCCCUGACAGUCACGAUGUCACCAGCCAUCUUCUGUCCUCCAUGUUUAAAAACAACAAUCUCAUCGACCUCGUCCAUGCUGCGGAUGCGUUUCUCCACCGAGGUCAUUUACGUGACUCUGUUCACACAAGCCAGGCAGUGAGAAUCCUUCUGCUGCCCCUCCACUGCGUCACUGAGCAUCCCUUGUUAGAAACAGGUAUGAAUUUCACAUCAAAUUCAAAUGACAAAUGUUUUUUUUUUUUUUUUUCACAAAUAUUUGCACCUACAGCAGCAGACAACCAUCAUGCAAUGAUGGCAGCGCAGCUAAAGAAUAAAAGCAAAUUCAUCUCCAUGAUUUGUGUUUGUCUAAGAAACACCCCGCAGCUGGCAUUUAUGCCUCCUGAUGUCCUUCCGUGCUCCCCGACGAUGAUUGUCCUCUCGGUUGUUACACUGCUAAGAAUGUUCAGUGGUGAUACUUCCUCUACCUCCUCCUCAUCCUUGUUCAAUGGCUACAAGAAUGAGAAAGUCCAGUGCAUCAUCAGCAGUAGAAAAGUUCAGAAAUGUGCUUUGGAGAUGUUGGUUUCCCUUAGCGCCAGUCCAGGUGUGACCAACACAGUUAAAGAGAUCUCUGAAGUCCUGAUACAUAAUAUUAAUAACCCCAUUUCAGAUCCAACUGUACUGCAAAAGUCCUACAAGGCCUUAAUACAGUGGUUGAGUGUUUGUAAAGACCACUCAUCCAUUCCACAGCUACUCAGAGAAGAACUCCUAAUGUCAGUGAAGAAGCGUGCCUGCGAUCCACGCUGGGAGGUGAGAGACUCCACCAUAGAGUUUUUAGGGCAGCUACCCUGCAUCACGUCAAAGAAAUCAGCUGAUGAGGCUUUGCUGAGCGAGUGCUGUACCGCCCCACUGCUUUGGGAGGCGCUGCAGGAUCCGGAGAGCUACGUGAGAGCCAGUGCCAUCUUAGCUUUGGCGCAUAUAGGCACGUCCAGUUGGCAGCAAGGAACAGAAAUGCCUCUAGAGCAGGCUGACACGGUGAGCCGCCUAUUGGACAUUCUACGCGAGGAUACAGAGGGUUUUGCCAGGCGGGCUGUUGUCCGCUACUUUAUUGCCUUGUUCGCCACUUACUCCUCCACUCCUUUGUCAACCCCCUCAAUUCUCAUUGAUUCCAUUGGCGUUGUCCUUUCCCGAGGCAGCUUGGAUCUGGACUGGGAGGUAAAGGUGCACACGUUGGAGUUGGUGGAGCUUCUGCUGGAUUCCACCUUUUUGGAACACAGGAGGCAUUGUGCUUAUGGACAUAUGCAUGGCGGGGAUGCCACUUUAGACUCGCCUUUGAGUUCUUUAGUGAAUCAGGGCGUAUUUUCCGUGUUGCUGAGAAGUCUGCUGGAUUGCGACCGACCCGUUGCACUGAAAGCUUGUGAACUCCUCAUAACAAUUAGAGACAAAAUCUGCUCAGCAGGUGUCUUGACCGGUGUGUGCUGCGAAUUGCCAGAACAGGAAUGGGGAAAGGAGAUCAGGACGCUUCUGAAGAAUGAAGGGAAUGAAGGAAAUGAAGGGGGACUCGUAGGGGUGUACGAAGUGUUGGCGUCACUGGGAUUAGAUGAACGUCGAGUUCUUCUGAGCCAGAGCAGCGAUCACGUUCACAACUCCUUCCAGUCUCUUCUGCAGGACAUCCUCAGUACAGGGGCGACUCUCGGGUGCAAGGAACAGCAAGAUGAUCAGGAAGUGAUUGUCGACUGUUACUGACUCAUAACAAUUUGGGGAUAAAGGGAUUUAGGGUGACAUUUCAGGACAAUAAAAUAACACCAUAAACUUUACAAGUGAACUUAAUAUAAAUUUCUAUUUCAACUUGUACCUCUUCCUGGUGGGUUAAUCAGAUCCAAUUCCACACCUGUCUUGGGUUUGGUCAUAAUCCCUGGGUGCCAGGAAGUGACCUCUAUGGCCUUCCAAAACUAUCAUGUUAGGUUCAUUAAAGACUAAGUUGUCCAUAGGAGUAAGUGUGAAUUGUAGUUUGUUGUCCUGCGAUUGGUGAACAAUGCAGGGCGUACCCAGCUGGUUGCGAUAAACUUUAUCUUUCCUGCCCCUUAUAAUGACAAGAUGUUCUUGUCACAGCGAUUCAUACAAUGCCAAGCAAAAAGGUUAAGAUGACUUUAUUUAUACCCAUAGGUAGAUUUGUUUUGCAAUAAUAAAACAGAGGACUGGUAAAAACAGCAUAAAACCAAACAUGGCAGGUAGUAAGACUAUAAGGCUAGGUUCAUACCGCAGGUCUUAAUGCACAAAUCCGAUUUCUUGUCAUAUCUGUUUUUUGGCGUGCCCAUCCAGACUGUCCAUUGAGCUCGUUCAAGUAUCACGCAGGCGCACCAAUUCGCACUCCGAGAUGCGCUGAGGAAAGUGACCCGCAUGCGCAGGAGGACACAAAUAACAGACAUAAAUAAUCCCCGUUUAGUUUUAUAUUCAAAUUUUAUAUGGAUCGAUAGCAUGCACACACUGUCCGUGCAUGACACAAACACACAUACAGACAGGUUGCCUCGACUGCGGCUGUGUAAGCAAUCUUGAAAUAUUGCUCAUAUGGAACAUAGAGGAAACCGAGCAUUCUCAGGCUCAUCCUCAACCCAUUUUACUUUUUUAUGACUCAUGUCAAGCCCGACCCUUCCCCAAAAGCCGUGUUCAAGACAAGCUAGGCGCUAACGCACAGCUGCACCGCUACAGUAGCGCCCUGUCUCGCUCGCUCUUUGAUGACGUAGUUGCUGCAUGAAUUCCGAUUUGGGAGACUUGUCAGUUCAGACCGCCGCGACUAGGGGUGUGACAAAAUAUCGAAAUGGUGAUAUAUCGUGAUACGUUGUAUCUCAAAAGGUUAUCGAUAUGCUCCUGCCAAGAAUCGAGAUAUCGUUUAAAAAAGGUGUCAAUGUCUAAAAAAUAAAACAAAAAUGAACCAACAAGUUGCUACCAAAAUCUUCCACCAUAAUAGUGUCUCAGUUAACUCUAAGGCUGCAUUGACGGUGCUCGACGCCCAAUUCAUUUAGAAUGGGAACUUUUUUUUGUCAUAUCCGAAACCAGAGCAUUCACAGUCAUUCUGUCCGAUUUUCAGGGCAUUUACAGGUCCUUGCUGUUCAUUUUAGGGCAUUUACAGGUAAUUUCCUGUUGAGU